GCUGGAAAAAAAUUAAUCAUUACAAUUCUUUACUACUGUUGAAAGACAAUUGUUUUGUACACUAAUAAAAAUGAGUAAAUUUACCAAAAAGUCGAUGAAACUCAUGAGCCAUCAACUACUAGCCGCCGAAUCAAAGAAUGGAAAAUAAUUAGAAGAAAACAGACAACAUUAGACACUACUACUGAUUCAGGUCGUGAGAAUCAAUGCUUGGUGGCGAAUAAAAGUGUGAAAAUUCACCAUACCCCUGAUCUGAAGAACGGACAACUAUAAUAGACCUGUAAACUUUCCAUAAGCAAUAACACUUUUAUUCGGGUGUUAAGCAGUGUACAUUUUAGUAGAAAAACUGGGGUUGAUUAACGGAAUUCAAUGCUUACAAGUGUUCUGGUUGCAAAUGCAUUUGCUUAGAUUACCGAAAUUAUACUCUACCCACAUCAAGAUGUAAGACAGUAUUUUUUCUCAAGAAUACCUUAUGAAAUGUCUAAAAAUAAUAAAUUUACAAUGAAUCUUCGCGACUGAAGUAAAAAACUAACAAUUCCCUAGCUUCUAGGAAAGCUUGAUGAAAUACACAUUAUCACAAUUGAGUUUCGAGUGAAACAUGGCAUGUCCUCAAACAUGUAGUUAACACAACGGAGCCGGUUAUUUGUCCUUUCUAAGCAGAAUUCCGUCGAUUUCCAGUUGAUUCAAGGGAUGAGAAAUAAUUGUUGAAACAACUGUUUGGCACCGAACAGACAUAGCUCAGUGCAAUAUAAUUAAAAGCACGUAAAGUUACAGUUACUACCCAACUGGUUUCUCUCCAAGGUUCCAGAAGUACGAUAAGAUUAGCAUGGGGAUGUCACAAGUGUAUGUAAAAGAUAUGACGGUAACUAUCUGUGCCAAGACGGAAAUGAUGUCGGGAGAUUCAUCGGACAACGAAACCUGCUGCCCAACAUAUGAUGAUGGUUCGAAGAAAGCACAGCAUCUCGUUGACCAUACCGAAUCCCUCUUAGAGGAUCUGAGUCAAAACGAAGACGACGAAGAAGAUUCAGAAGUUUCCGAAAUAUGCGAAGAAAUCUACUACCAAAAAGCCCGACAAUUGUUGAGUUUCGAAGAAGCUCCUGGCUACAUCAAACACAAUGUAUUUAUCAGGAGCGGGUAUCGAGGGUUUUUAACCACCGAAUUAUGUAAAGAAAGCGUCUUUUGGUGGACGAACGAGACAAUAAAUAUUUGGUCCCACAUAUUUGGAUUCGUGCUUUUCAUCAGCCUAUCCGUACACGACUUAAUGAUUUUAAGAAUAGACGCCCCACUUAGCGAUAAACUUAUAGUUGGCACUAUUUUGAUGUUUUUUCAAGUUUGCAUGGCAUUGUCUGCCAUAUACCAUACCUUCUGCUGUAGGUCUGAAGAGGAUUGUUAUUAUUUUCUCUCGUAUGAUUUGUUUGGAAUCGCCUUAUCUUUGUAUGGAAUUUAUGUGUCUGGGAUAUAUUACGCUUUUUGGUGCGACCAGCUUAUGCAACAUUUUUACCUAAUUUCCGUAACGGGGAUAUUUGUAUUAGCGAUGGUUCUUCAGAUACCGAGUCUAGGAAUCAAUGAUAAUGUGAAAAUAUCCACUUUUGUAUGUUGGGCAGCAUAUGGAGUUGUACCCACUUUUCAUUGGGCCAAUUCGCUCGGUUGGUUUGAGAGUCCGGUAGUUGCUUUGCUUCUUCCAAGAGUUCUAGGUAUGUAUUUUAUCAGCGGAAGCGCUUUCCUAAUCUACAUAACGAAAAUUCCGGAACGAUGGGCCGCUGGAAAAUUUGACUAUUUCGGCCAUUCUCAUCAGUGGUGGCAUUUAUUCGUUGUUGGAGCUCUGUAUUACUGGCAUAACACUGGCAUGAUCUACGUGGAUUAUCGUUUAAACCACGCGUGUGCUAACAGUAUGAGAAUACCGUAAAAACCAGAAAACCUAUUAGGAGAGAUGAAUAGAAGAGCGUGUUGUAUUGUUGUGUAGUGUAAAUAUUGUAUUGUGCGAAAUAUUUGCAAAUUUCAUUGGGUUUAGCCAAUUAAAAGUCGUUGUCUUCUCAUUGUUGAGUUGAACGUGUCUUUCGAUUGGUUCCUACUGAAUUAGCAAAAAAUACUUUUAAGUAAUUUAAUGUUAUUUUCUAUAUUUAUCGAACAUUUAAUUAACUGGAAUGUUAAUACUUGUAAAGGUGUUAUUACCUUCUUUUAGCUGAAAUAGUUUCAUAUUUAAGAAUGAAUGAAUUGAAUGUCGCAUACGCACUGCAAUUAUUCUUGCCAAUUUGUUUAAUGUGAUUAGGUUGUUUUACAUUAUCUGCAAAUUGAAUCUUAUUUCAUUAUAAUUUUUUACUUUAGAUUAAUUUAUGUUUUAUACCAUAAAAACUUAAAUAGUAGGUACGUUUACUGUGAUAGUUAAUCUAUGUUUGAAAAUAUAUGUUAUUUUUCUGCAAAAAAAUGCUCA